AUGGCUGCUUCCAAUUAUCUGAUGAUCUUCAUGAUCCUCCCCAUUGUAGCCAUUCUUGUCCCUUCAAGUUUGGCCACGGAAUUCGUGGUCGGGGAUGACAAGGGUUGGACCAUUAACUUUGAUUACCAAGUUUGGGCUCAGGGAAAGGAGUUCCACGUCGGUGACAAACUUGUUUUCAAGUACACAGAGAACUCCCACAAUGUGCUUAAAGUUAAUGGUACCGGCUUCCAAGAUUGCGUUGCACCUGCUGGCACUGAAGCCUUGACAAGUGGAAACGAUAUUAUAACUCUAGCAACCCCAGGAAGAAAAUGGUACAUCUGUAGUGUUUCCAAGCAUUGUGAGGUUAGAAACCAGAAUCUUUUCAUAACAGUGUUGCCUCAGACAUUAUCUCCGGCAUCUGCACCGUCUCCGACUUCAUCUGCUUGGGGAUGUUCAGCAACUGCAUAUCGUGGGUGGAUCGUUGCUAUUUUUGGCAUCUUAAUGAUGGUCAUGUUUUAA